GAGAUGUUUGAUAUCAUCCUGGAUGAGAACCAGCUGGAGGAUGCGUGUGAACACCUGUCAGAGUACCUGGAGGCGUACUGGCGUGCCGCUCACACUUCACUGAGCACGCCUCUCAACCCCCUGCUGGGCCGCAAUCUGGGCUCCACUGCGCUCUCUCCGUACCCUGCUGCCAUCCAGGCUCAAAGAAACCGCAACAGCAACCACACGACAGCAGACCUUUCUCCUGUGGAGCGCCGCAGCCUGAUGGCCGCCGACGAGAACUACCACAACGAACGAGCGCGGAAAAAUCAAAACCGCUUGUCCUCCGGAUCGCAACACAGCCGAGACCACUCCCCUCUGGUGGAAGAGGAAUAUCAGGACCCCUACCAGGAUGCUUACCAUCCGCAUCGUAACCGAGGAUCCCCAGGAGGAUACAGCCAGGACUCCAGGCAGCGGCACUGAUCUGUAAAUCUAAACAAAGUAUAGGAUGUGGACAAUAAAGGCAGAUUUGUGAUGAAACUACUACAUUCAUUUGGACUGUACCAACCCUUUGUCGAUGUGUAGUACCUUCAUUUCUCCUGUUGGGCCUCGGCUCCUGCCAAUUGAGCAUUUGAACUUUAAAAAAGAGUAAGAGUCCUGCUCUUGCUUUGUGAUGUGAACCAAGGGGAAGGGACUGGUUGAGAAAGUAGCACAAGGGCAAGUUUUUAAAAUGAGCUAAUCUGAAUACGCCCCAGAUGUGAAGUACGCUAGCAGGUGAUAGUGUAUCAGCUGUUACAGUAGCAUGCAGAAAGGACAGGUCACUUCCUGACUCAAAACAGUGCCACAAAGGACCAAAAGGUGAUGCUCAGCACAUAACCUGUUUGCACGCGUCCAAAAGCAGGGUUAAGAAGAGUACAAUGCAUCUUUUAAAGUUUGUUUGUCCGCGAUGUGAGUGUAAUAAAUCUGUUUUGAGUUUCACACAUUUGCUUUUGAAGUGACAUGAAUGUUGUUGUGGUGACCUCUUCAGCAGGGACGUGCACAGGUACGGGCUAUUGUUGCCCGGGCAACGGCCCGUUUCCCCUUUUUGACUGACCUUCCCCUUUGGAGAGAGCGAGAGUUUUUUUUUUCUUUCUGUUGUGUUCGAAUCACCAUGAUAAGCCCACAAUUAGUAUUGUAGUGUCUCGCUGCGGGAAACACACCAGCUUCAUUUUUCUUCUUCUUCUCCUUUUUCUUAAAUGUAAUUGCCCGCAAAGUAAACUCCCUCGACGGGGCCGCUCGCUCUCUUCUCUUGAUCGCCCUCUCUCAGGAGAACACUUCACUGCCCGCUUCAUUGUAGGAUUUC